GGGCGUUGUCUCGCGCGUCGUUACUGCAACGUUUGGCAUCAUAAAGACUACAGCUGUAAAAUUUGUUCAGGCCAUCCAUCGGAUAUCCACGAUUAUAAACGGCAUCCUAAUUACACAAGAUCAUCAUGGACACUCGCCCUAAUCAUACCAUAUACAUUAAUAACCUCAAUGAAAAAGUAAAAAAAGAUGAAUUAAAGAAAUCAUUGUAUGCGAUAUUUUCUCAGUUUGGUCAAAUUCUAGAUAUUGUGGCAAUGAAGACUCUGAAGAUGAGGGGACAAGCAUUUGUUAUAUUCAAAGAAAUAAGUAGUGCAACUAAUGCGCUAAGAUCAAUGCAGGGGUUUCCAUUUUAUGACAAACCUAUGAGGAUAGGCUACUCCAAAACAGAUUCAGAUGUGAUUGCAAAGAUGAAGGGUACAUUUGUUGAAAGGAAAAGAGAGAAAAAGAAAACUGAAGAGAUUGCAAAAACACAAGCUAAGAAACCAAAGAAUAUGGUGUCUGGUAGUGCACCAGGACAGCAAUCGGGGCCAGGAGCUGGCGGAGCAGCAGGAGGUGCUCAAAUACCAAACAUGGGUCUUCCAUCACUCAUGUCUCAACCACCUCCAAUGCAGCAAGCUGCUCCACAAUCGGUACAAGAGCAACCUCCAAAUAACAUCUUGUUUUUAACCAAUCUACCAGAAGAAACUAAUGAAAUGAUGUUACAGAUGUUGUUCAAUCAAUUUCAAGCGUUUAAGGAAGUUCGUCUGGUGCCUGGUCGUCAUGACAUUGCAUUUGUUGAGUUUGAGAAUGAAACCCAAGCAGGUGUUGCGAAGGAUGCCCUCCAAGGUUUUAAGAUAACGCCAUCCAAUGCGAUGAAAAUAUCAUUUGCCAAAAAAUAAGUGUUUGUGUGAAGCAGAGCAGUGUAAAUAAUGUUACGAUUGGUAGGUAUGGUUGCUAUGGACAGGACAGUUUACUGCAGUUCAUGUAUGAUCCCAGUCAGAAGCAUUGCACUUUGAUUCUUCACAAAAAACUGUGAACUUAGUUCAAAUAUGGGAUAACAUUGGUACAUACACGUGGUUGCUGAGUGUGGUAUGUAUAUAGGUUUAGUUUA